AUGAACAUGUGGGGUGGGGAAGGGAGGAGAAGGAUUCACUGUGUUGCAUAUAAUAAGUUUUUAGAGUACAUAAGAAUAGGUGUGGGAGAUCUUGCUGUGCAGUUUCUUACAAGGUUGUAUGGAGAUCAGAGAGAAUGGAUAUGGAGGCCUAAGUACAAGAAGGUAGGGAGAAGUGAGAUACUUCAUUUUGGAGUGAUCUUUGGGCUGGAGUGGAACCAUUGGCAACUGUUUAGUAGCAUGAAUGUGGAGUUGGAAGGAUGCCAGCUCACACAGCUUGCAAGCUACACUUCGCUAGUUUUCUCUGAAAUAGGCAUAUAUACAGCCAUGAACAAGUAUAAAAACCCUCUUGGGUAA